AUGCAUACCUCAACACUCCUCCCCCUCACCUUCCUCCUCACCCUCACCACCGCCCAAACAACCCUCUCCGCCGGCGCGCUUCCCUCAUCCACCGCAUGCGCUGCCAAAGGUGUUUUCGACGCAUGCCUCGUAACCGGGAACGGUUACCUAGCAUCCUGCUCAUCGCAAGAUUGGGGCUGUCUCUGCCAGAAAUGGGAUGAAAUACUAACUUGCUACCUACAAUGCCCAAACGACCCAGGUCAAGUCGGCGCCCUGAGCAACAAAACUACAUACUGUAACCAAGCCGCUAUCAGUCCCUCAAGCACUUCGAGCGCGGUUUCGAGAGCUGUGUCGUCGGAUCCAGUGUCCUCGGCUACGCAGGGGGUAAAUGGCGCGUCACCUACGACCACGGGUGGUGCUGCAGGCACUACGGCCAGCGAAGCUGCGGUAAGAACGGCUCAGGCGAGUGCUACGGGAAGCGGCGCAGAUCGUGUAGCCGUUGGAUUAGGAGCGGGGCUUUUGGGCUUGGUUGCUGCUGUUUUGUGA